AUGCGCCGAAAGAAAAGGAACACUCGACGAAGAGACGACCAAAAGGACGCGGUAGGAGGAAGUUUUUCUUUUACGCGCCGGGGCCUGCGCGGUGGGUUUUGGUUUCUUCUCUCUCUCCUUUUUGCGACGAGUGCUUUUGCUCUUGUUCCCUCGUCCUCACCAACGGCGAAAGAAAAAAACGAGGAGACGUCCUCGCCAUUCACCAUUCUCCGCGCUGAGAAGUGGCCAAACGGCGGUCUAAGAAUCUUUUACUCCUCUCCGGAAAAAGAACAGAGCGACGAGGGAGAGAACGCUGCUGGUAAGAAUACCGCAGUGGAACUCUCCUUCCAAAAGGAAAAAGAAGAGGAGGAGAAAAAGAUUAUCUUGGAAAGCACCAAAGUUAUCGCGACGAAACCAUCUUCUUCUCCUCUUCCUUCCUUCUACUCGGGCACGACGACGAUUGUUUUAGCACCCAGCGAUGGAAUUUUAACUCAAAGUAUGGUUUCUGGUCUGGCACGAUUGAUCUGGUCGAAAGAUAUCCCGGAUUCAGAGAAGAUAGCCAUCUUCGCGUUGAGACUUACCCCCGAGUUGGUCGUCGACUACACGUCGAACAACAAAGUUCACGUUUUGCAGCGACUGAAAGAAUAUACUCUUCUCAAUCAUUCAUCGAUAUCACCGGAUGUUCCAUUUCGUUUGUUUUCGUUGAGAAGAGCACUCGAGUCGAUGCCGCCAGACGGUUUGAAAGUUCGUCUCCAUCACGACGUCAUCUUCGCGCUCGAUGAAGAUACGAUUGAAAAUAGAAUGUUCGUGGAGAACGCGAGAACACUCAUCAAAGCAGAAUCAUCAUCAGCUACUAUUUUCGUCAGUUCCUUGUUCAUCAAUGGAGACAAUAAAGUAGAGGAAGAUAAUUUUGCUCAGUGGUUUGGAAAAUUUGUAAAAAAAAGACGCGAAGAGACGCACGUUGCCGCGUCGUGCGACGUUUCAGACGAACAACUCGAUCACCAUCUGUUCGAGAAGAAGAAUACUGAAUUGAAAAUAUCCCCCGCCGUUCCUGAUGUUGAUCGUAAAAAUGACGUGAUAUCGAUGAGUUUCAAAAAGAGAAACAAACACUGUCGCAUAGAAGACGUGUUGAGCGGCCCUUAUCCAUACUUUGAUACCAUAACGCUUAAGAUGGAUUUCACGCAACGUAACGAAUUUGAAGGGAAAAGAAGCUUUAGAAAAGGAACUUACGAUGAAAGAAUAGCUGCGAAAAAGAAGUUUCCGCUAACCGUUCAAUUUGAAAAUGCAAAGCACGGUGAAGUUUACGAGGAGCGAAAAGCUUUCGCAAAAUUUCACGGUACCUCCACCUUUCGUGAUUGUGAGCGAAGAAAAUCGAUGAAGAUCAAUCUCGACGGUGGGAAAACAAUGAAAUUGGGCUCAGCCGCUGAAAGCGAUCAGUUUCUGUUAAUUUCGCUCUGUUACGACGAUAGAUACGUAAAGUCGUGGUUGAUGUACUCUCUCUUGCGCCAUCUUGGGCUCUUCGAGGAUCUCGAGUUUCGAUAUGUUCGUCUAUUCGUGGAAACAAACGACGUGAGAGAGAGCGAAGGCUUGUAUCUUUUAGUCGAAAAUCCAGUCGUAAAAAGAGAAGACGUCAAAGCUCGAAUUAGUGCAGUCGUGCGGAGACGUUUAGAUCCCGUUCGACAAACUCGGCCGGGACUCGGCGCGCCAGAUGUAAAGUAUCCAAAACAUUCAGACUUUGAUCGCGCUAUAAAAAGAAAUGAAUACGACGAGAUUGCUCGAGUCGCCAAGACGUGCGAUGAUAUGAACUGCUAUGCUUUAUUGAGAAAGUGCAUGAAUAUCGACGCGUACAUCACAUGGAUUGCUUUUAACUCUCUCGUAAAAAUGGGCGACUACGUGGAUGAAAUUUACUUCUAUUCUUCUAACGAAAAUCAACAGACUCCGUAUUGGGGACUACAUAGCUGGGAUCCGGACGAUGCGUUUCAGAAAUGUCAUCAUGGCGGUAAGGAUGCGUAUAUCGAUCGAUUUCAGAUGCUCUAUUGUCUCGAAGGAAAUAUGGAUGUCGUAUUUUUGCGAUCGAAAGAUAUGUAUUCUCGUUUCGUGCAAACGCUUGAGGAGCUCUUAGAAAAACGUUUGAAUGAUCAAGUCAUCCUCUUUUUCGCUGAAGAACAGAAGAAAGAGUUGAACGACGUUCUCAACAUCAAUAACAAUAGCAAGAACGACGAUGUAGCGAUUGGCAUGUUAGAAUUGAGACAGAUGGCAAAGAUACCGGAUAACAUGGCAGCUUUCAGAGAAAUGUCAAGUUCGCUGCUAUAUUAUAUCGAGCAGAUUCGUUUGAGCAGACGGGAGCUAUUCCGCGUCAUAGGUGCAUUUCAUUCUUUUAACGAUACGAGUGAAGUUGGUUGGAAACCUGUGCGCCUCAGCGCACCAGCGAAAUGUUCGAACCAAAACUUGUCUUCUUUGAAACUACGAGUGUCUGAAAGAAAGUACGAUCAAGACGCGAGACAAGAAAUCGUGUUCGAGUUUGAGAACGUAUCCUCUGUAUCAGGUGUUCUUCAAAUUGAAAUUCUGCUCGAUAUGAACGUGGUAUACAAGUUUAACGAGACGUAUUCGGAAAAGUAUCUACCAGUCCCAGUUGAGAAAGAAACGAGAGCUCUUUGUUGGACAAACGCAACGCUUCCAGGCGAUACGAUUAACAUGAACGCGACGGAUGGUGGUUUCUUGACAACUACAACACUUCCAAAGAAGAGUUGCAUCGCUGGAGAAGCCAUAAAUGUAACCGCUAAGUUUACGAACGAAGCCGUCACCUUUACGAUGAAAGAAACACGAACCGAUACUACUCCUCGUGAUAAAAUUUUUCUAUCGCUUUACCACGGAUUCUGGCACCCAUUUUCACAGGCGUUUGCGGCUGUACAAUACGCUCGAAUCUUAACGUGCUAG